CGGCCAAAAAAAAUGGAUGAUUCCAGUGCAGGAUAUGAAGACUUUUUGUUAUAUGAGUACACUACUUCUUUUGAUUAUGGAGAUGUGGAAUUAUUGUGUCGCACGAGUGACGACAAGAGACUUUCAUCGCUGUUCAUUCCGAUUUUUUAUUCAAUCAUCACUAUCAUUGGCAUAAUCGGCAAUGGUUUGGUAGUGCUCACCUACAUGUUUUACAAGAAAGUUAGGACUAUGACUGACAUGUAUCUGGUGAAUUUGGCCAUUGCCGAUAUACUGUUUGUGGUUACCUUGCCAUUCAGGGCUGUGGACGUCCCUGGAGGUUGGAUUUUUGGAGAUAUUGGGUGUAAAAUUUUGAUGGGCAUAUACAGUAUCAACUUCAACAGUGGCAUGUUAUUGCUAGCUGUCAUUAGCAUUGAUCGAUAUGUUGCUAUAGUUCAUGCAACAAAGUAUUUUAAUUACAGGGGAAAGGCACUGGUUUACAGCAAAACUAUUUGCAUAGUCAUCUGGAUCGCUGGAAUUGUUGUAUCAAUGCCGACAUUCAUUUUUAGCACAAGUUACGAGUUUAACACAACAGGAAAAACGGUGUGCGAGAUUCGAUACCCAAAAAGCUAUUCAAAUAUAGGGAAAGCAGUUGCUCCAACAAUACAACUAACACUCGGCUUCUUUAUACCUCUGUUCAUCAUGGUCUGUUGUUACUCUCUGAUAAUUAAAACGCUUCUCCAAGCUCGAAAUUUCCUGAGGCAUAAGGCUUUACAGGUUGUAAUAGCUGUGGUGGCAACUUUUGUAAUUUGUCAAGUGCCAUACAAUGUGGUUGUAGUUUAUGACAUAUUUUGGACAGAGAACUGUGAGGUAUUCAAGUUGAUGGCAAUUGUCCGCACGGUGACAAAAUCCUUUGCCUUUUUCCAUUGUUGCCUGAACCCUGUCCUCUAUGCCUUUAUUGGCGUUAAAUUCAGAUUUUAUUUUUUGAAGAUUCUCCAAGAUAUCUGGUGUUUAAGCAAAUGGAACAUUUCUGCAAGGCCUUCCAGUGAAACAUUUGUGUCAAGGCGUACAUCUGGCUUUGAUAUUGACAACCUAUCAUCUUUUACUGUAUGAUCAUCAGUGUUUUUUUUAUCUGUGCAUAUCCUAAGACAAAUUUCACAACAAGCAUUUAAGUGUAUUUUGUAUCACCUCUUCUCCUUUCAAAUUUUAUAUACUGCUUAAAUAGUCAAGACUAAAGCGAGUUUAAUUGUCAUCUGUACUGACAAUGGAACAAUGAAAUUUUUACUUGCAGCAGCAUAAUAUAGUUACAAGUCUAGUUACUCACUCUCUCCACAGACCAUUUAUAUUUUGUCCUUUCUGUGAAUCUAUUGAUUAUGUUUAUGAAGAUUCACGAGCAAAUGACUUCCACAGAAAUAAAGCUGUAUAAAUGUUCUGGUCCUUAGUACAAAAUAUAUCCGGGGUUUCAAAUUUGCUACCCAUAAAAAUUAAAUUCCGAUGAGAUUGUGUUUUACUGUUUAAAAGCAGUGCAUUUUAAUGAAAGGUAUUUAAGAGAUAGUAGAAAAAUAUUUGUAAUCUAGUAGCACAGUUGGGUACAUUACAGAUUUUCACACAGUGAUCCGACUUGCAAGAUCCACAUCACACCAUUGUGGGAAACGAAGGAUACUGCGAAAACCCAGAACAGCACCCAGCAUCUCCUCCCGAAUGUAGAAGUCUGUGGUGUAGAAGUCUAUUUUGUAGUGAG